AUGGCCGCGCGGGCAGCAGCGGCGGCGGCGGCGGCGGCGCGGGCGCGGGCGGGCAGCGGCGAGCGGCGGGCGCCCCCCGGGCCGCGGCCGGCGCCCGGGGCCCGGGACCUGGAGGCGGGGGCGCGCGGCGCGGCGGCGGCGGCACCGGGACCCAUGCUGGGGGGCGGCGGCGACGGCGGCGGCCUGAAUAAUGUGCACCACCACCCCCUGCACCCCCGUCACGAACUGAACAUGGCCCAUAACGCGAGCACGGCGGCCGCCGCCGCCAGCACUAACAGCGCCAAGAGCGGCGGCUCCGAGGCGGCUCUCAAGGAGGGUGGAAGCGCCGCCGCGCUGUCCUCCUCCUCCUCCGCGGCGGCGGCGGCGGCGGCGGCGGCGUCCUCCUCUUCCUCCUCGUCGGGCCCGGGCUCGGCCAUGGAGACGGGGCUGCUCCCCAACCACAAACUGAAAACCGUUGGCGAAGCCCCCGCCGCACCGCCCCACCAGCAGCACCACCACCACCACCAUGCCCACCACCACCACCACCAUGCCCACCACCUCCACCACCACCACCACGCACUACAGCAGCAGCUAAACCAGUUCCAGCAGCAGCAGCAGCAGCAGCAGCAACAGCAACAGCAGCAGCAGCAGCAGCAGCAGCAACAUCCCAUUUCCAACAACAGCCUCGGCGGCGCGGGCGGCGGCGCCGCUCAGCCCGGUCCCGACAUGGAGCAGCCGCAACAUGGAGGCGCCAAGGACAGUGCCGCGGGCAGCCAGGCCGACCCCCCGGGCCAGCCUCUGCUGAGCAAGCCGGGCGACGAGGACGACGCACCGCCCAAGAUGGGGGAGCCGGCGGGCGGCCGGUUCGAGCACCCUGGCCUGGGCGCCCUGGGCGCGCAGCAGCCGCCGGUCGCCGUGCCCGGGGGCGGCGGCGGCGGUGGCGGCGGCGGCGGCGGCCCGGCGGCCGUCUCGGAGUUUAAUAAUUACUAUGGCAGCGCUGCCCCUGCUAGCGGCGGCCCCGGCGGCCGCACUGGGCCUUGCUUUGAUCAACAUGGCGGACAACAAAGCCCCGGGAUGGGGAUGAUGCACUCCGCCUCAGCCGCCGCCGGAGCCCCCAACAGCAUGGACCCCCUGCAGAACUCCCACGAAGGGUACCCCAACAGCCAGUACAACCAUUAUCCGGGCUACAGCCGGCCCAGCGCGGGCGGCGGCGGCGGCGGCGGCGGCGGCGGUGGAGGAGGAGGAGGAGGAGGAGGAGGAGGAGGAGGCGGCGGCAGCGGAGGAGGAGGAGGAGGAGGAGGAGCAGGAGCGGGAGCUGUGGCGGCGGCGGCCGCGGCGGCGGCGGCAGCAGCAGGAGGCGGCGGCGGCGGCUAUGGGGGCUCGUCCUCGGGGUACGGGGUGCUGAGCUCCCCCCGGCAGCAGGGCGGCGGCAUGAUGAUGGGCCCCGGGGGCGGCGGGGCCGCGAGCCUCAGCAAGGCGGCCGCCGGCGCGGCGGCGGGGGGCUUCCAGCGCUUCGCCGGGCAGAACCAGCACCCGUCGGGGGCCACCCCGACCCUCAACCAGCUGCUCACCUCGCCCAGCCCCAUGAUGAGGAGCUACGGCGGCAGCUACCCCGACUACAGCAGCCCCAGCGCGCCGCCGCCGCCGCCGCCGUCGCAGCCCCAGUCCCAGGCGGCGGCGGCGGCGGCGGCGGCGGGGGCGGCGGCGGGCGGCCAGCAGGCGGCCGCGGGCAUGGGCUUGGGCAAGGACAUGGGCGCCCAGUACGCCGCUGCCAGCCCGGCCUGGGCGGCCGCGCAACAAAGGAGCCACCCGGCGAUGAGCCCCGGCACCCCCGGCCCGACCAUGGGCAGAUCCCAGGGCAGCCCAAUGGAUCCUAUGGUGAUGAAGAGGCCGCAGUUAUACGGGAUGGGCAGUAACCCUCAUUCUCAGCCUCAGCAGAGCAGCCCUUACCCCGGAGGCUCCUACGGUCCCCCAGGGCCACAGCGCUAUCCAAUCAGCAUCCAGGGUCGGACCCCAGGGGCCAUGGGAGGAAUGCAGUACCCACAGCAGCAGAUGCCGCCUCAGUAUGGACAGCAAGGCGUGAGUGGUUACUGCCAGCAGGGCCAGCAGCCUUACUACAACCAGCAGCCGCAGCCCCCGCACCUCACCCCGCAGGCGCAGUAUCUGCCGCCCCAGCCCCAGCAGCGGUACCAGCCCCAGCAGGACAUGUCUCAGGAAGGCUAUGGAACUAGGUCUCAACCUCCUUUGGCUCCUGGAAAACCUAACCACGAAGACUUGAACUUAAUACAACAAGAAAGACCAUCAAGUUUACCAGUUGAAGUCUUGACCUCGGAGGAUACCGCCUUUGGACUCAAGGACCUGUCUGGCUCCAUUGAUGACCUCCCCACGGGAACGGAAGCCACUCUGAGCUCAGCAGUCAGUGCGUCUGGAUCCACGAGCAGCCAAGGGGAUCAGAGCAACCCUGCUCAGUCGCCUUUCUCUCCACACGCAUCCCCCCAUCUCUCCAGCAUCCCCGGGGGCCCGUCGCCUUCUCCUGUCGGCUCUCCCGUGGGAAGCAACCAGUCGCGAUCUGGCCCAAUUUCUCCCGCAAGUAUUCCAGGCAGUCAGAUGCCUCCUCAGCCACCUGGGAGCCAGUCAGAAUCCAGUUCCCAUCCUGCCUUGAGCCAGUCACCAAUGCCACAGGAAAGAGGUUUUAUGGCAGGCACACAAAGAAACCCUCAGAUGUCUCAAUAUGGACCUCAACAGACAGGACCAUCCAUGUCGCCUCAUCCUUCUCCUGGAGGCCAGAUGCAUCCUGGAAUCAGUAGCUUUCAGCAGAGUAACUCAAGUGGGACUUAUGGUCCGCAGAUGAGCCAGUAUGGACCACAAGGUAACUACUCCAGACCCCCAACGUAUAGUGGGGUGCCCAGUGCGAGCUACAGCGGCCCAGGGCCCGGCAUGGGCAUCAAUGCCAACAACCAGAUGCACGGACAAGGGCCAAGCCAGCCGUGUGGUGCUAUGCCCCUGGGACGAAUGCCAUCAGCUGGGAUGCAGAACAGGCCGUUUCCUGGAAAUAUGAGCAGCAUGACCCCCAGCUCUCCCGGCAUGUCCCAGCAGGGAGGGCCAGGAAUGGGGCCACCGAUGCCAACCGUGAACCGUAAGGCACAGGAGGCAGCUGCCGCAGUGAUGCAGGCCGCUGCAAACUCGGCACAAAGCAGGCCACCAUACAUUAGGUCGCCUGCUUAUCCCAGCCAGUCUGGGGCUGGCGGACGCCCCAUGUUUUCUUCCCAGCACCCCAACUAUGGCAACUCUCAGGCUCCCAUGAUGCACCAGCCUGACCAGUACGGGCAAGGCAGUUUCCCGGGCAUGAACCAGAGUGGACUUAUGGCUUCCAGCUCUCCCUACAGCCAGCCCGUCAACAACAGCUCUGGGCUCAUGAACACCCAGGCACCCCCCUACAGCAUGGCGCCCAAUAUGGUGAACAGCUCAACAGCAUCUAUGGGUCUUGCAGAUAUGAUGUCUCCUGGCGAAUCCAAAUUGCCCCUGCCUCUCAAAGCAGACGGUAAAGAAGAAGGCACUCCACAGCCCGAGAGCAAGUCGAAGGAUAGCUACAGCUCUCAGGGUAUAUCUCAGCCCCCAACCCCCGGCAACCUGCCAGUCCCUUCCCCAAUGUCCCCCAGCUCUGCUAGCAUCUCCUCAUUUCAUGGAGAUGAAAGCGAUAGCAUUAGCAGCCCAGGCUGGCCAAAGACUCCAUCAAGCCCUAAGUCCAGCUCAUCCACCACCACUGGGGAAAAGAUCACAAAGGUGUAUGAGUUGGGGAAUGAGCCGGAGAGAAAGCUGUGGGUCGACCGAUACCUUACCUUCAUGGAAGAGAGAGGCUCCCCCGUCUCCAGUCUGCCCGCGGUGGGCAAGAAGCCCUUGGACCUGUUCCGGCUCUACAUCUGCGUCAAAGAGAUCGGAGGUUUGGCACAGGUUAAUAAAAACAAGAAGUGGCGUGAGCUGGCAACCAACCUAAAUGUUGGCACUUCAAGCAGUGCAGCGAGCUCCCUGAAAAAGCAGUAUAUCCAGUACCUGUUUGCCUUUGAGUGCAAGAUUGAGCGCGGGGAGGAGCCCCCGCCGGAAGUCUUCAGCACCGCGGACACCAAGAAGCAGCCGAAGCUCCAGCCGCCCUCUCCUGCGAACUCAGGGUCCUUGCAAGGUCCUCAGACCCCCCAGUCAACCAGCAGCAACUCGAUGGCAGACGUACAAGGCGACCUGAAGCCACCUACCCCAGCGUCUACCCCGCAUGGACAGAUGACCCCAAUGCAAGGUGGAAGAAGCGGUACAGUCAGCGUGCACGACCCGUUCUCAGACGCCAGUGACUCAUCGUUCCCAAAACGGAACUCCAUGACCCCGAGCGCCCCGUACCAGCAGAGCAUGAGCAUGCCUGACGUGAUGGGCAGGAUGCCCUAUGAACCCAACAAGGACCCCUUCGGUGGAAUGAGAAAAGUGCCUGGGAGCAGUGAGCCCUUUAUGACUCAAGGACAGAUGCCCACUAGCAGUGUGCAGGACGUGUAUAACCAGAGUCCCUCCGGAGCGCUAUCCGGUCUGGGCAUGGGGCGGCAGCAGUUUCCCUACGGAGCCGGCUACGACCGACGGCACGAACCUUACGGGCAGCAGUACCCAGGCCAAGGCCCUCCCUCAGGACAGCCGCCAUAUGGAGGACACCAGCCCGGCCUGUAUCCACAGCAGCCGAAUUACAAACGCCAUAUGGACGGCAUGUAUGGGCCUCCGGCCAAACGCCACGAGGGAGACAUGUACAACAUGCAGUUCGGCAGCCAGCAGCAAGAGAUGUAUAACCAGUACGGAAGUUCCUACUCCGGACCGGACAGGAGGCCCAUCCAGGGGCAGUAUCCGUACCCCUACAACAGAGAGAGGGUGCAGGGCCCCGGGCAGAUGCAGCCGCACGGGAUCCCGCCUCCCAUGAUGGGCGGCCCCAUGCAGUCGUCCUCCAGCGAAGGGCCUCAGCAGAGCAUGUGGGCGACGCGCAAUGAUAUGCCUUACCCCUACCAGAACCGGCAGGGCCCCGGGGGCCCGGCCCAGGCCCCGCCGUAUCCAGGCAUGAACCGCACGGAUGAUAUGCUGGUACCUGAGCAAAGGAUCAAUCACGAGAGCCAGUGGCCUUCCCACGUCAGCCAACGUCAGCCUUAUAUGUCCUCUCCCGCCUCCAUGCAGCCCAUCACGCGCCCGCCUCAGUCAUCCUACCAGACGCCUCCAUCACUGCCAAACCACAUCUCCAGAGCCCCCAGCCCCGCGUCCUUCCAGCGCUCCCUGGAGAGCCGCAUGUCUCCCAGCAAGUCUCCCUUUCUGCCCUCUCUGAAGAUGCAGAAGGUCCUGCCCACCGUCCCCACGGCCCAGGUCACGGGCCCGCCCCCCCAGCCACCCCCGAUCCGAAGGGAGAUCACCUUCCCUCCUGGCUCAGUCGAGGCAUCGCAGCCAGUCUUGAAACAAAGGCGAAAGAUUACCUCAAAAGAUAUCGUUACUCCUGAGGCCUGGCGUGUGAUGAUGUCCCUCAAGUCCGGUCUUUUGGCCGAAAGUACAUGGGCUCUGGACACCAUUAACAUUCUCCUGUACGAUGACAGCACUGUCGCCACCUUCAGUCUCUCCCAGCUGUCCGGAUUUCUGGAACUUUUAGUAGAGUACUUUAGAAAAUGCCUAAUUGACAUUUUUGGAAUUCUUACGGAAUAUGAGGUGGGAGACCCCAGCCAAAAAGCACUUGAUCACAAUGCGGGGAAGAGAGCUGACGGCCAGUCCUUGGCCGACGAGUCUGGGAAAGAGGAGGAGGGCACCGAGUGUGUGGACGAGGAGGAUGACGAGGAGGACGACGAGGAGGACGACGACGAGGAGGACGACGGGAAGACGGAGACCGAGGAGAAGAGCAGCUCGACUCUGGCCUCUCCCAACGCCACUGCGGAUCCGAAGGAGAAGCCCAGGCAAGCUAGCAAGUUCGACAAGCUCCCGAUAAAGAUAGUCAAAAAGAACAACCUGUUUGUGGUCGACCGAUCUGACAAGCUGGGUCGUGUUCAGGAGUUCAACAGCGGACUUCUGCACUGGCAGCUUGGUGGGGGGGACACCACCGAGCACAUCCAGACUCACUUUGAGAGCAAGAUGGAAAUUCCUCCUCGCAGGCGUCCACCUCCCCCUCUGAGCUCCACCGGGAGGAAGAAAGAGCAGGAAGGAAAAGGCGAUUCUGACGAGCAGCAAGAGAAGAGCAUCAUCGCGACCAUCGAUGAUGUCCUCUGUGCUCGGCCGGGGGCGCUGCCCGAAGAUGCAAACCCUGGUACCCAGACCGAGAGCGGGAAGUUUCCCUUUGGGAUACAUCAAGCCAAAAGUCACCGGAACAUCAAGCUGCUGGAGGACGAGCCCAGGAGCCGAGACGAGACUCCUCUCUGCACCAUCGCGCACUGGCAGGAUUCCCUGGCCAAGCGCUGCAUCUGUGUGUCGAAUAUUGUCCGUAGCUUGUCUUUUGUGCCUGGCAAUGACGCCGAAAUGUCCAAACAUCCAGGCUUGGUGCUGAUCCUGGGGAAGCUGAUUCUCCUUCACCACGAGCAUCCAGAGAGGAAGCGAGCGCCGCAGACCUACGAGAAAGAGGAAGACGAGGACAAAGGGGUGGCCUGCAGCAAAGACGAGUGGUGGUGGGACUGCCUGGAGGUCCUAAGGGACAACACGCUGGUCACGUUGGCCAACAUUUCCGGGCAACUAGACUUGUCUGCGUACACAGAAAGCAUCUGCCUGCCGAUUCUGGACGGCUUGCUGCACUGGAUGGUGUGCCCGUCGGCAGAGGCACAAGACCCCUUUCCAACCGUGGGACCCAACUCUGUCCUGUCGCCUCAGAGACUUGUGCUGGAGACCCUCUGCAAACUCAGUAUCCAGGACAACAACGUGGACCUGAUCUUGGCCACGCCUCCAUUUAGUCGCCAGGAGAAAUUCUACGCUACGUUAGUUAGGUACGUUGGGGAUCGCAAAAACCCAGUCUGUCGAGAAAUGUCCAUGGCGCUCUUAUCGAACCUUGCCCAAGGGGACGCGCUGGCAGCAAGGGCAAUAGCUGUGCAGAAGGGAAGCAUCGGAAACUUGAUAAGCUUCCUAGAGGACGGGGUCACCAUGGCCCAGUAUCAGCAGAGCCAGCAUAACCUCAUGCACAUGCAGCCGCCGCCUCUAGAACCACCUAGCGUGGACAUGAUGUGCAGGGCGGCCAAGGCUCUGCUGGCCAUGGCCAGGGUGGACGAGAACCGCUCGGAAUUCCUUCUGCACGAGGGUCGAUUGCUGGAUAUCUCGAUAUCAGCCGUCCUGAACUCUCUGGUUGCGUCUGUCAUCUGUGAUGUACUGUUUCAGAUUGGGCAGUUAUGACAUCAGUGAGAAGGCAGCAUGUGUGAGUGAAAACUAGAGGCUCCCGUAUAACUGGCUGUUUUCUGUUCUUGUUUAUCCAGCGUAGGAAGAAGGAAAAGAAAAUCUUUGCUCCUCUGCCCCAUUCACUAUUUACCAAUUGGGAAUUAAAGAAAUAAUUAAUUCGAACAGUUAUGAAAUUAAUAUUUGCUGUCUGUGUGUAUAAGUACAUCCUUUUGGGGUUUUUUAUUUUGUUUUUGUUUUUUUUUUUUUUUAACCAAAGUUGCUGUCUAGUGCAUUCAAAGGUCACUUGUUGUUUUUCACAGAUUUUCUUUUUAAUGUUCUUUUCCAUGUUGUAUUGCAUUUUUGGGGAAGCAAAUUGACUUUAAUGAAACAAAUUGCGGCGAAAGAUGCUAAGAUGGGAAAAUUUCACCACACUGAGGCAAAAAAGGUGAAACAGUGAUCAACUUCCUAGGCAUGUCAUUCUUCAGAUAAUGGAAAAAACAAAACAAAACAAAACUGUAUCCCAUCACCCAAAGCUCUGUGCAAUAGAAACUACUUCUAGAGAUGUAGGAAUAGGGGCUCAAGGAGGUGUGUCAGUCAGUAGUCAAACUAUGAAAUGAUACUGGUUUCUCCACAGGAAAAUGGUUCCAUUAGGCUAGGAGCAAAAACAAUGUCGUUUGAAGUUAAGAGUGAAAACACAUACCUGACAACGAUCAACGGAAAUUGCUUCCUCACCACUACCGUCAGUCAUGUCUGCCGUCUGUCGUUGGACCUUCCACGUGACAGUUCUUCACAAUUCCUUUAA